GCUGCAAGCAGAGGGUGCACUGCAGAGUGUCCUGACAAUGGAAACUUUCUCAGUUCCCCCAGUACAAGGAAGCUUGUAGAGCUGAGUUCAGCCCCAGACAAACUACACAACUUCCUUCCUGCUACAUACUUGUACAUUGCACAUUAAACAAACACUGCAGGGAGGCACAAAGGAAAGCAGCCGAGCGGCUCCCUCCACAUAUCCAUGGACCCCCAGGCUGGAUUCUGACUCCAGGACUGUCUUCUUGCAGAAGAAACUGUGGCUGCUGGCAAGAAAGGCGAGAAGAAAAAGGUAGAGGACGAGGAGCUGGACACCAGGGAUUAGGUCCUAGAAGUCACCUCCUGCACAGCUGAUUUGUUUAUGGAGGUCUGGGCAGCUGCCCAGCCGAGCCGUCAUCUCAUCAACUUUUCAAGCAAUGUUGUGGACGAGAAGACAUCUUUGGGACCUGUUUGCCUGAGCCGGUGGUGCCCAGCACACCCCGUGUCCACCGCUCCUCUCCUCACAGGACUAUGGCUGUGUAUUGCUAUGCCUUGAAUAGCUUGGUCAUGAUGAAUAACAACAGUGUGACGAAGACGAGCCAGAGACCGGUGUUGCCCAUGCCAGAGAGACGUAGCACUUAUUGUCCACUGUUGGUCCGAUCUCCACUGCCUCUCCAUAGCCCCGGAGCCACCAGUCCCGGUAGCUCUCCAAGGAACAACAACACAUCCUCCUUUGUCUUUCCCGAGUCGGGAGAACGAUCCACCUCAAGAAGUCGUAGCCCUAGUUUUAACGGCAAAGAUGACCAUUCUCCGACGUUGUCAAGAGUCCGAAGGUGCCCCUCGCCUUUACGACUUCAUGGCGGGAAUGUGGGGGAAGCGGUCUCUGUGAUAGAUUCGCGAUCGGGGUCUUUGUUGGGGUUUGGGCACGGACAUGGGUCAGGAAUGGGACUUGUGGAACCCGGAGAGAAGAGACGCCUUUCUCAGUUACAACGGGAGCUCCAAAAUGUUCAGGUUAACCAGGUUGUGGGACUCUUCGAAGCACAUAUUCAAGCCCGGAACCGCCCAGUUUCUCCAGCUCUUAGAAGCCCUCGUCUAGGUAGCAGGUCCCCGUCACCUCUAAGAUUUGGUAAGCGGGAGGAUAGUGUGUUUAGUUUUUUUCAUGAUAGAGGACCUAAAUCAUCUUCCUCCAGUUUGGAAGGAACAUCAACCCCUACAUCACCAAUAUCACCAUCAGUUGUCCCAGUGUCACCCAUAAUGGCUCCAGGAACUUCAUCAGUAUCACCAUCAGUGGUCCCCUGUAGUGAAAUAGACACAUCUAGAACUUACAAUAUAACCAAAUCUGAGCAAAACCUCAACAACUCCCUGGAAACUUCAAGCAAGUCUAUCCCACCUAAGAUAGUAUCUCCAGGACCUAUUCCAGCAGUCAUAGUCACUGACCAUGGGGAAGACGUUGAAGGUCAAGAGGACUUUAAUAGCCUAAGCAUCAAUCCUGCUAAUCUACCUAGGAAAUUAUCCUCGUCUUCAGCUUCAUCUACUGGCUUCUCUUCAUCUUGGGAUGACUCAGAGGACGACGUAUCCAGUGAUCCCGAGAAAUCCCCCGCACACAGCACCCCGUUUCUACAAACCAUCGAACAAAAGCCAAGAGUGAGCAAAUCAUGGAGAAAAAUCAAGAACAUGGUGCAUUGGUCGCCCUUUGUUAUGUCAUUCAAGAAGAAGUAUCCAUGGGUCCAGCUAGCUGGACAUGCAGGUAGUUUUAAAGCAGGCGCCAAUGGUAAAAUCCUGAAGAAGCACUGUGACUGUGAGCAGCGCUGCCUGAGCCAGCUGAUGACUGACAUCCUGAAGCCUUAUGUACCCGCUUAUCAUGGAGAUGUGCUGAAAGAUGGCGAGAAGUACAACCAGAUGGAAGAUCUGCUCUCGGAGUUCGAAAGCCCCUGUGUCAUGGACUGUAAGAUGGGUGUGAGAACCUACUUAGAAGAAGAGCUGACCAAAGCCAGGAAGAAGCCGAGCCUGAGGAAGGACAUGUACGUCAAGAUGACCGAGGUCGACCCCAGUGCCCCAACUGAAGAAGAGAACCAGCAGAGGGCCGUCACCAAACCACGAUACAUGACGUGGAGGGAGACCAUCAGCUCCACCGCCACCCUAGGCUUCAGAAUCGAAGGCAUAAAGAAAGAAGAUGGAACUGUGAACAAAGACUUUAAAAAGACCAAAACCCGGGAACAAGUCAUGGCCGCCUUCAGAGAGUUUACAAAAGCUAAUGUUAUAAUUCUAACGUCUUACCUGAAUUGUCUAGAAGAUAUAAAGAGAACGUUAGAACAGUCUCUCUUCUUCAAGACCCAUGAGGUCAUUGGGAGCUCCUUACUUUUCAUCCACGAUAAGAAGGAAAAAGCCAAGGUCUGGAUGAUCGACUUCGGAAAAACCACCCCGUUAGCGGACGGUCAGGAGCUGAACCACAGGAUAGCCUGGGUGGAGGGCAACCGGGAGGACGGCUACCUGUACGGACUGGAUAAUCUGAUAGAUAUCCUCAAAGAGAUGGCAGAAGAGAAGGAUGGCAAUUAGCGGGGUGGUGGAGGGGGCCACCCUGCUCCAGACUGACGCUCCAUGAAUGCACUACAGGACGUUUAUAGGGAUCACCCGCUUACGGAUACUGGAAACCCGGCCUACCGUAAUAGGGCUGAUGAAGGCCUAUCGCAGAUCUUUUUGUAAAUAGUCACCAGAACAAAGAGACUUUUCUUUUUUUACCAGAAUAUUCUAUAGACUAACGCGUUUCGAGUCUCGUCGUCUUCUUAUCCGUCACCUCAUUUUAUUCCAUUAUAAUUACCCUUUUAACUCCAAGCACAAUGGAAGCCACCAUUUUCAUUCCCAGAAGCUGAUUAUUCACGAGGCGCAGCCUGUUAUUAAGAUGCAGGAGAUCUUGUCGUGGCUCCUUCUUAAAGAACAGUGGUACGGCCCACAAAAUGGCUGCUUCCAUUGUCUGUAGGUUCCCUGCACCGAGUGUAAUGAGGGGGAAGCCGUUCGCCUGGUCUUUUAGGUGCCGUGCCGGGUUGUGUCAUCAUGGCCUGAUCUGUCUGUUUAAAAAAACAUUGUCAUUAGAUUGCAAGCUCUUUGGAUCAGUCGUCACCGUAUAAAGGGUGUGCAGGUUUUAAGACUCACCUGUGCAGUUCCAUGUUCUUGUCCAAGGGGGCAGUAUUGAUAUAUUAAAGUAAGGUUGAGGCCGUUGUGAGCCAACAAUGCACAUAAAGCAGUUGUCACUUCCCUUCUCCGCUCUGCUCAGCAGGGGGCGACAAUGAAGACAGGAGGAAGCUCCUCCCAGUUGUACGAAAUCGAGGCUCCACCCUGGAGGGGUUAAGGAAAAUUCAUUUUCGCUGUGUUAGAGUUGCCCUUUAAGAUGUCCCUUUUUAUGUAAUCCUCCUGCACAGACCAUCCUUCACCGGCCAAGCAUGUAAGGGAGGAAUCCGCUAUCAGACAUCUCUGGCAGCGGCUUAUCUCCCCUGAGAAAAAAAAGGAUCAGGCAUAUUGAAAUCCAGCAGCCCAGUCAUUCUCUACCCAGACAUCUGCUGUCGGGAGGCCUCCAUACACAUUAGAUGGUGGGACAAAUUAUUCAAAGCCUAAAAUAAAAAAAACUAUCAUUUUUUUUACUAUUUUAUUUCAUUUUUACAGUGGCGCUCAAAAAAUUUAAUUUUUUUAUUUUAUAUUAUUUAUAUUUUUUAUAUUAACACCAUAAAUAUAAAUAUAAUAUAUAUUUACACCACUUGUCCGAUUUUCAGUCGAUCCAUUCACCUUAAAAAGGUUGAAAAUAAAAAAAAAGUUUUUUUUUUUUAAAUUAAAGUCGGCAGAAUAGGUCGGUCACUGUCACCUCAUGGAGACAUUUUGCACAUCCUUUGUGUCACAGAUUUUGUACUUUUGUGUCUUAUUUCAGUGCCUUUCUCUCCAUUCACAUACGGAGCUGCUUUCAAGGGGUUGCUUGCUGUUUGGAAACAGAGGUUUAUCUCUGUGUAAUUGUCAUCUGAGCCCUUAUUAUGCGCUUUUCUCUGCUCACAGGAGGAUUCUUGACCUUGCUUUGGAUGUGAAUGGAGGAAAAAAAUAUAUAAUUGAAAUGGGCAGAAAAUAGUAAAAUUGAAUUUUAACAGUGGCCCUCUACAUUUUACGGUAAAUUCUCAAAAGCAGAGUGUAUAAAUCUUUUGACGCUAUAUACUUUUCUGAUACAAAGCUCCAAAUCUCCUGCAUAGAGAGAGAGUUAAAUGAUAAAAUUCUGAUUACCUGCAACCACCACUAGAGGGAGCUAACUGCAUGCUGAUUAUACAGUACAUUAAAGGGUUAUUCCAAUCUGAGACAUUGGGGGCAUAUCGCUAGGAUGAGCCCCUAUUCUCUGAUAGGUGCGGGUCCCACCUCUAUGACCUGCCCCUAUGCUUAGUAUGAGACUGCAAAGUCCCAGCGCAUGCGCAGCUGCCCUCCAUUCAUUCUGUGCUAGCUCGGCUAGUUCCGUCAGCCCCAUAGAAGUGAAUGGAGCGAUGGCUGCUCUUCUCAUCCAUUUAAUCGGGAUUGCUGAAAAUAGCGAAGUGGUUUCGCCCUCCGGGACUUUGCAGGCUCCUUUUUUAAUAUAUAGGUGUGGGGUACCCGCACCUAUCAGACAUUGGGGGCAUAUCUUAGUGAGAUGGGAAUAACCCGUUAAACUCAAUAGUAAGACAGCAUGCAGUGAGCUCCCUCUAGUGGUGGCUGCAAGUUCCUAGAAAUAGACUUUUUUUUUUUUUUAUUUGACUUCUAUAGUGCUGAUAUUUUCUGCAGCACUUUACAGACAUUAUCACUGCUUGCUGUCUCCAAUGGAGCUCACAAUGUAAGUUCCCUAUCAGUAUGUCUUUGGACUGGGGAAAGAAACCAGAGGGAACCCAGGCAAACAAGGGGAGAACAUUCCAUCUCCAUGCAGAUGUUGUCCUUAACCACUGAGCCACCGUGCUGCCCACUGAAAUGAUAAAAUUGUGGUUACCUGCAGCCAUCACUAGAGGGAGCUCACUGCAUGCUGAUUAUAGUACAUUCCACUCAAUAAUAAGUCAGUAUGCAGUGAGCUCCCUCUAGUGGCGGCUCUACACUAUCUCUUUCCAGAGGAUUUGGAACUCUGUAUCAAGAAAACAACUCUGACCUUACAAAGAAAUGACUUAAGACAGAACAAUGGACCUAAAAACAAGUGAGAUUCACUUAGGUUUUUACCCGCAACUGCUGGGCGGCUGUUCCAUGGAUCCACUACUCUUUAGGCUUGCAGGAUCCUUAGACUGUUCAUUAGAUGUACAUUAGAUGUUAUAUUUUAUAUAUCGGACGUGCACAAGAUUUCAUAAAUCCACAGUACAAUUACACAAAAAAGCCGGGGGAGGGGGAAGAGCAAUAAAAUAUUUUAUGGCGGUUUUAUGACCAUGUUAUUAGGACAUGAAACAUAUCCUACAAAGGGUAAUUUGGAUCAGUCUUGAACGUUUUCCUAAAAAACAACAAAAACUCUUCAUCAUAGGAUGCAGACCAUUAGAGUACGUCAACGUACGCGGAUCAGUCAUAUUUAUGUAAUAUAAUUUGCAACAUUUUGCAGUUUAUGCUCAUUCUGCUCUGCUGCAAUUUACUUAUCGUGGUAUUGACUGCCACCUGGUGGCAGAGAGAGGAACAGCAUGUUCCAGUAUUUAGGAAAUUGUCAUUCUCUCUCUGCUUGUGUUUUCCUGAAACUAUGUAUUUCAGGAUAUCCUCCCCAUGGACUGCGGUCACUGUAUUAUCCCACCUUUACUCAGAGAGCAGAUAUCCGGGUCACCUUCAUCAUCCUACACCCCAGAUCCUUGACGUUGUUUAUACCAAUAAUGCAAUAUUUUUUUCAAUGAAAAACAAUGCAAAAAAAAAUAAAAAAAUUCUGACAAGUUUCCAGCAAUUUCCCGUGAGCUGAACAAACCACAUUCCUCAGCGUCCUCCUAUUACAAGUGGGCGAAGACAGAAUGUAAAAUUCCUUCACCUCUACCAGUCCACUAUUCCGAAUAGUGGAGCAGAUUUCCGUUGAUCAGAACCGACCGGUUAGCGGCGCACACAUAAUGAACCGAUCACCUUUUCCGGUUGGUUCAUGAACUAGUAUCAUGAUGUGUGCGGCCGCCUUAUUCUUUAGAAUAGGGAAGGCGGCAGGCUUUGCAGCACUGCAGUAAUGUACAGAUGUAGCAGUGCUGAGUACGCAAUUCAUCAAAUUAUACUGCGUUAUAUGUGUUUUUACAUAGGACUGCUGGUAAAUUUAGAACUUUAUCACAGUCCAAUGACAAGUUUAACUCUUCUACGUCUGCUUCUUGAAUUUUACGGUCCCUGAGGCUAAGUCCUGGCUGCAGCAUAUGUUGUAUAUGCCUCCAGAAUAAUGGUGCUAUAUAGUGAGGAAGCUCCGUCUAGUAUGCAGAUAGCUUGAUAGCUCAUCACACCUAGAACUGGGGCCCCCAGUGUAAUAUUUCCAUCAUUCCAGUCCAGAAUAGUACAUGUUGCACUGGUAAGUGGGAUCUGUCCACAGAUAAUAUUUAAUAUUGCAGUGCACGCGGUCUAAUUAACGUAACGAGUCAUUAAGUUCAUGUUCUAACGCCAAAUGUGUCGCCAUCAGCAGCAAAUAUUGAUAUCAUCUUCCAUAAUUUCCAUCCCAGCGCACAGGACAUAGCAUAACAUCAGUCAACAUUGCCACCUGCUGGACAGAUAGGGGAACUACACCAGGCCAUUAGCAAUCCCUUGAGUUACCAAUUGCAUAGGCCCUAGAUUGCAGUAACGUUGGACCCCGCAGUUGAUGAGGGGGUAAUGGAUUCUGUAAUGUCGCCUCCAUAGUGUACACUUGGAGGCACAAGCACGCCUCAUUUAAGGACUUCCUGGUAAAAAUGGUUGCCGACCAAAAUUUUACAAACCUGUGCGCUGGGGCAAGUCGGAUACCUGACUGGACAGAACUGCCACUCAGGAAUCUGGAAAAGCCGGGUGAGCUAUAACGAUGGCCAUAGCGUCAGAAAAGGCAGAGCAGGAUUUUCGGUCUGAUAUUUCUAGCACGUCUACAUCGUGACCUGUAGAUAUUAUAUUUGUAGCGUCCGUACAUUAUAAAGUGCCUUAAUAAUGCGCUUUUUAUUUUCUUUGUAAUAUUUUUUACAUUUAUAUUUAUUUUAUUUUUAUUAUUUUUUGCGUAUUGCACAAGACACUAACAGCAUGGCGGCGCGGCUUGUGUUAUCCCUGCUUGGUUAGUCUUACAUUGCGGCAUGUCUCUUUGUACAUACGGUUUGCGGGGGUCGUUUUCUCAUGUGGAGGGUGGUUUAUCUGGAACGUGUUUCUUUGCUGUGAAUGUUUCCUGGUACAUGCUUCCGUGUGGACGUAGUGGACGCACCCGCUCCGGUGCCUUCAGCCCCAUUUAUCCAAUAAAGGCAUGUAUACGAGA